CCCCUUAGAAUGCAAGGUAAUUAUGGGUGGUAGAAGUACAGCACUGCAGUGCAGAAUGGAUAGCCAUCUGUACUGCUGAUGGCAGGUAGGAAGCUGCAGUGGACUGGCGUCCUCUGAAAUACAUCUUGAAGGGUUUUCUGGCAGUGUCUAAAUUUACACAGGGAAAAUAACAACCAAUUGCAACACAAUAUUACUUUGUAAAGAGAUACCUCAAAGAAGGAUAAUAUUGAUUUAGGUGAUAACUGAUAAUAAUCAAAUUUAUUUUGAGUACAAACAGGACUGCAAUCAGUCAAUUAAUCUAACUGCAACAAUAGUUGUCACUUUAAAUGCAGAAGCAAAUCCUGAAAGCAGCCAGAUAAGCAAUUGAGGAGUUUCCUUUGCAGCAGCCUUGUAUGCGGGGACACCUCCAUUAUGCGCUCCAUUUCUCCUCUCCCCCUUUCUAAUACUUCCCCCACCAACACCCCACCCCACACUUCCACUGCACAGAGUAAAUCCAGAGUCUGCAGUGCCUGAUCGCGCUAACCCAAAAGAGCCAUAUAAGAGGUAAGAAGGACUAAGGGACUGAAUUGCAAGGCAGUGAGGAUAACUUCAAAAACCCUCACUGGACAAGUGAGCAAGGGUCAAAUUCUAUGAGGAGAAUUCAGGCGUAGAAAAAAAAAAAAAUCACCUUCAGCACAGUAGCAGCUGGUCCCGAGCUUGAAAGCAGGAGAGAGGAGCUGGACAGCAAAAAGAAGCAGAGAAAAGUGACUGGAAUGAUAAGAUGAGAAGCAGGCAUGUGCUGCUGAAGCUGCCCCCUAAUGAGACCCUCCUGGAACUCCUGCUUGUGCUGUUGCUGGGUGUGCAGGUGCUGGCCGUGUGCCCUUCCGUGUGCUCCUGCAGCCGCAGCCACAGAGAGGUGGACUGCUCUUGGAGGGGUCUGAGACAGCUGCCCGAUGGCCUGCAGCACAACAUGCUCUCCCUCAACUUGUCCCACAAUCGAUUUCACAACCUGGAUGGCCAGCUCACUUCAUACACCCAUCUCCGCUUCCUUGAUUUGUCUCACAACCGGCUAAGCCACCUGCCCACCAGUUUGCCUCGUUCCCUCUGGCAUCUCUACGCCACUUACAACCGGCUCCAGUUGCUGGACAAGAAUGACACAGUCUACCAGUGGAAUUUGCGAAUGCUCGACCUGUCGAACAACAGGCUGGAGCGGGCCAUCUUCAUCAACAAUACACUGAUCAAUCUGUGCAUGCUCAACCUAAGCCACAACCACUUCUGGACUUUGCCUACCAACAUGCCAGCAAACCUAGAGACUAUUGACCUGUCCCACAACUUGCUCGUGAAGGUGCUGCCAGGCUCUCUGAACAAGCUCCUCAAACUAACUCACUUCUAUCUGCACGCUAACCGCUUUUCUAUGUUGCCCUUCGGAGUGUUGGACAAGUUGACGUCACUUAGACUCAUCACUCUAGACAACAACCCUUGGGCCUGCCACCUUAAUGCCGACAUCACCUACUUAGUCUCCUGGACUCAGCAAACCCCUGCCCACGUCCUGGGCUGCCCCUGCCACACUCAGCCUGUCUGUGGAGGGGUUCGCCCUGGCAGGACUGGAGGAUGGCACUUUGCCUCCUACAACCAGCCCCCCAUGGCAGCAAGUGCCCAGGACCUGAACUCCAUGCACUCCCCCACCAGUAUCACUGAGUGGUGGUACUCGUCUGUGUCUUCUCUGCUAAGCACCCCACACAACCACAUAGAGACUUGGAGGACAUCUCGCCACACCUCCACAGCCACACCCAUCAGCAUCUCCACCCUGCUACCCAGAAGCAUAGACACACACCUGACUAUUAGUCAUGUUUCAGAAAGUGAUAGCCCAUCUGCCGCAGAGCGAAUGUUCCACACUGAUUCUCAUCUCAUCUCUGACACAAAGGAAGCCUCAGCUCGUGACAGCCUCCACACCAUCCAAUCCCCUUUUACUGACACAAACUUCAUUACUCAAACACCCACCGUGGCUGACACGACAUUGGCCACAGACCCAUUCUUAACAACAGAGAGCUCCUCCAUCCAAACAAAGAAGACGACCACUCUUCGCACCAGGAGUGUCAGGAGGCAGAAUCAGUCCCUUCCCAGUGGCGUCAGCAACAGCAGCCCAGCUCUUGCUACUUGCUCCUUGCUCCCUCUCCUAAACAAGCUGGGGCUUCUGUCUCUCCUUCUGCAACAGAUUCGCUGAAAAAGAAAUGAAAAAUACCGACAGCUGUCUGUAUAUUGAUUUACAGCACAAACAAAUACAACGCACAUACGAGCCAUGAGCACGGUACUGCUCUGUUUGUGUAUUACGAGCUGUCUCAGCAAAAGGCUAUUUAUACGGUGACUUUACGACAAAUUCUCAUAAUUCCUGCUGUCCUGAGUAUGGUGUGAUGUUACAUUUAUGAUAAGUGGUCAAAAGGGUCAAUGUUAUCUUUUUGAAUAACAGUUUUUACAAGCCUCCACUCAAACAUGCUGUCACUGAUUUAAAAAAUGAGAUUGCAGUGACUACAGCUAAGCACAUGAUGGCACUAUACAUUCAGGUACCAGUUUAUUAUGUAACUGAAUGUUGCCUUGUGCUCAUCUGCAAUAAUAGUCCACCCUUUUUGAGUCUGUCCAGUACAUAAUAUGACCU